ACAACACAACACAGCACAGCACAGGACAGAACAGCACGGAAAACCACACACAUGCACACUUAGACUUUGGAGAAGCACCAGACAGCGUAGACAACCACACACAUAGCCUACUUGAACAACGGAGAAGGGCAGAACAGCACAGAACAGAACAGAACCACACCACCCUACAGCAAUGGCAGACACCACCAGCCUCCACUUGCUCUUGGCCCUGCUGGGGUGUCUGUCGCUGGGUUGCCUGGGCGUCACCGCGGGGAAGGAUCGGAGAGGUGGCGCGGACCCGAUGCAGGAGCUCCUGGAGCUGCACAGAGUGGUGAAGGCCAUGGAGGACAAGCUGAGCGAGGCCAACGCCACCGACAAGGACCUGAAGGCGCUGGAGGGACGGCUAAACGCCACCGAGAUGGAGGUCACCAAACUCAAGGCUGAGGUGCAGCAGCUCAACAAGGAAAAGUGCGACAUUGUGAAAAAGCUGGAUGCCACAGCGGCAGAGGUUGAGAAGCUGAAACAAGGUGGAGCUUCAAAAGGGCCAAGUGUGGCAUUCUCUGCAUCCCUCUCUGCAUCCGGUGAAGUUUACUUGAAGGACACUGAUGUCUCCCCAAGUGUGGUGUACAAGCGUGUCUUCACCAAUUCAGGAAAUGCCUACGAUUCCACAACAGGCAUCUUCACGGCCCCAGUCAAGGGCGUCUACUUCUUCACCUUCAGCACGUUCGGCUACAGCAAGUUCCUGAGCGGCGCCAUCCUCACAAAGAACAAGGAGUACAUGGUCUCCAGCUACGAGCCGCUCUCCGAGGGCCGCUCCGGCGACACUGGCGGCAACUCCGUGAUCCUGACGCUGGAGGCCGGGGAGCAGGUGUACAUGAGGAUGUGGGAGAACUCGCAGCUGUUCGACAACCUCAACGGCCACACCACGUUCAGCGGCUUCCUGCUGUUCCCGUUGUAGAUGGCACAGGAGCUAAGUAUUCAUUAUGACUGGGAAAAUUGCACUUUUCAUAGAUGAAAAGGAGAAUCUUCUCUGCCAUUUUCAAUGUCCAGAAAUAAACAUUUUUAGCUGCAAAAUAUACUGGACAUAGGUCAUACUACCAAACACAUAUUAGUUUAUUAUUUAGUAAAUAUUAAUGACAAUAUCAAAUUUGACAAUAGGCAGUAGUUUCAAUGAGCAGCAUAUUUGCAAAACCUACUCUGGCCACCAUCAGUGUACCUUUAAACAGUAGCUUAAAAUUAAUUUAGGCACAUGACGACAGAGUAUUAUCAUCUGAAGCUUGGCCAUCAGCCAGUACUCAAUCCUUCUCUAUGACUUCUUUUAAUAUAUAAAGCUAAGAUGACCAUUUUUAUCGAAAUGCACUUGACCAGUAUUUGAAUCAUCAUAUAAUUCAUAUCAAUCAUAUAGAAUAAAGUGUUACCUGUUUUACUAAGCCUGUCUGUAAGUGUUUAUGCCUACUGGUAUCC